UACUUUUUCAUAAUUUUCAAAUGAGCUCUGGGAAGUCUUUGAAAUGCUAACAUGGAAUACUUUGUAUGCAGAUCAACUUGUGGUUUUUUCCUAGGAUUUAAUUUUUGUUACAAAAAGGCAAUAUAAAUUGACUCAUAGCCAAACAAGGCUUCUCAGUUGCAGCCAUGGGAUUUCCUGUUCUGCUCCUAAGUAACCAGUAAGGGCAGACCUUACUGUGGCACCUCGUGUUUCCUUAAAUUGCUGCAUAAAAAUUAGUUGAGCGACAUUCCCUUUUCUCUGCCCAGAUCUACUGAAUCAGUACCUCCAGGGUAAAAGUCCAAAAAUCUAUAUUUUUAGUAGGUGUCCCAAUUAAUUCUUGAUUUUACUAAUUUGGAAAACACUGCGUUAGCACAAGCUCCCAUUUAGAAGCUACCAGAACAACAUUUGAGACCAAGGGAUGUCUUUGCAGCCUAUUGCUCUGAGCAGCGUAAGUGAGCAAAAAUGUCGACUAAUGUGGUCCAUUAGUAGCCUCCAUAGAGCUAGGGUAGACUGACCAGUUUAGAAUGCUGUGUGUGUCAAUAGUAUUUGAAGGUUAGGGAGGACAGAGGGAGAAAUGUUAGGGUUAAAUAGAUGGGUGUAUGUAUCCCACAUUAAUAUCUUUUCUCACAAAACCAAAUUAAACUUACUAUUUUGGGCAAUUUAAUCAACAAAAUUAAUCUUGCCAAGGAUAAGUCACCUCUAGAUGAGAGAGUAUUUCAAUUUGGUGCUCAAAAAAUGUGGUUCAGUCACCAGUCAUUCAGAUACAGCUUUGGUUUAUUUUUGUAAAUGAAUACAGAAGAGAUGGAGACUUUUAGAUAAAUAAAUAUGGGCCCAUGUGCCUAAAGGCACCUGGGUAAUUCUGAUAAAACCCAAAUAAACAGAUGGCAAGGAUGAAUUCUAUAUAUACAAAGCUAAGAGGAACUUCAUCAGCCAACAUUUACUGAACACCUCUGAGGUAUACACUAAGGUAUGGAAAACAAAUAGUUUUCCAAAAUGUUUGUACCAAUUUCAUUCAUGCCAGCAAGGUAUAGGAGUUUCUUUUGUUCUGUAUCCUCACCAAAACUUAAAACUUUCAGUCUUUUUAUUCUGGUUGUUUCACUGGAUAUGCAGUGGUAUCCUGUUGAGAUUUUAAGUUGCAUCUUCCUGAUUACUAAUAAAGUAGACUACCUUUCCAUAUAUUUAUUGGCUAUUUGAAUAUCCUCUUAUGAAGUGCUUAUUCAAGUUUCUUGCCCUUGAACUGAUUCUGAGCAGGUGAGUGGGCACAAGGCAGAGAAAGCGGCAUAAAGGUCUUGUAACCAGAGGGACCAGGAGGUGCAAAUCUAUGGUCUUCGGGGAGCAUGGGAGUAAAUAAGUUGAUGCCUCCAGUAACUAAGUUGGAAAUCAGCUGCCAAAAGGCCAAACUUAUCAGAGCCUAUGAAGUAAUGACAGGAAUAUCACACAGAUUUAUGUGAAGUGACACCAAAAAAGUACAGGCAGUCCCAAACUGUAAUACUUAAUGGAUUCUGAGAAAUGUUUGACAAUCAAAUAUAUGAAAGUUACACAAAGCUUAUACAAUGGAAAGACAAUUUAGUUUCCAAUGAGCUAAAAGGUAGUAUUGCAGACCCCUAGUAAUGCCUGCAGUAUAGUUUCCCUCUGGCCUAGGAAACCAGGUGGGCAGAUAAGCAUCUCAGAGGGACGUCAGGGGAGGCUACUGGUUAGCAGGUGGCACAAGAAAUUGGGCCCUCUUGCAUACUUUGUGUGAGCCCACCUCUGUUUCCCAUCCCUUCUGCCGGGACAGCCUCCUGUCUUUAAACUUCUCCCUGAGGGAGCCCGUAAGUGUGGGCAAGGGAGAGGUGGAAAGUCUGUGUUUUCCCUACAAGUGUAAGCCAAAUAGAGCCUUGGCUGCCCCCUAAGCGUGUGCCCAGAGGCUCCGACAGCUGUACCUCCUUGAAAGAGGUCGCAACAAACGCCUUCUGAGACAUCCAGGUACUUCAUGGAAGCCGGGCCUUUUCCCCCAGCAGCAGUAGCUGUUGGGCAUGGCCACCACACAGUAGCUUCAAAUUGCCAUUCUUCAGAGGAGGAGUGAAAGACCAAAUUCAGGAUAUGAAUGGUUGGGGGGUGUGGAGUCCAUGUACCAUGGCAAAAAUGUGGGCUCUGUAGAAGUAUCGGAUUUUCUGCCACAAGAAGGGAAUGUCAACAAAUGCUUUGACUCGCUGGCCUAUUGGAGAGUGGUUCUGUUUUGUUGAGGGCCCUUCUCUAUGUCGUCACACUUCUGUCACUGCAGACAACUGGGCUCUUCACACAAGUACAGGCAGUCCUGGCCCUAGAAUCCUCAUAAACUAUCCUGACAAAAUAUGCCUGUCUCAUACAGACAGGAAAAUGGCUCGCCCAGGCCACUCGUAGAUGGUCUGCUACGAAGCUGUACGAAGCUGGAGUAGUCUCACAGACUCUAAGAGCCAGAGUUUCCACCCAGAUGCCCAGAAACUGAAGCAGUCAGAUCUGGCCUACAUAAAGGAACUUUAUUCUGGGUUACUCCGAGAAUUACAAGUAGUUCCCAGGCUUCGGAUUUAAUGGACUAGUAAGUUUUCAGAAAAGGUUGCAGUGACCCAUAUAAACUUGCCAACCUCUUACUUUCUCAAGUAAGGGCAUGUGACUGUGGUUUCUGUGGGGUGGUAUUUAAUAGUCGUAGCUGUCAUUUAUAAUCUACUACAUGCAAAGCUCUGUGCUGGGUACUUUUCCAGAAAUAGCUCAUUGAUCUUCAUGACGUCACACUGCAAGGUAAGUAUUAUCUUCCUGUCACAGCUAAGGAGAGGCUCAGAGAGGCUGAGUGAAUUGCCUAAUGCCACACAGCUUAUUAGUCGCAGAGCUAGGUUGUGAGCCCAGGUCUAUGGGAUUCCAAAGCCUCUGUCUUUUCCACUAUAUUGCUUAUCACAUCUGAAAUAGGUGUAAAUUAUAUAGAUAUGAUUUUUAAACAUCUGGUUUUCUGAUGAGAUGAUAGGAUGGCUAGAAAUGAGAGUUUUACCUCUGUAGAGAGCUUUGGGUUUCCAAAAAAGUUUUAAGAUCCUUUUUUUCAUCUGACCUACUUCCAUUUUUUCAAUAUUUCUCCAACUGGACUAGAAAAUCCCACAGAAGCUAAUGACACCAUAAUUCUAUCUGACAUGGCAACAUAGUUUUAUGUUAACGUACAGACAUACAUUUGUUCUGACAUGGUGAGGAAUGAAACUUUUUUAAGCCUGUUUUGCUGAAAUGUGACUUGAAAUAAUGUUGUUACAAAAGUAAGCUUAUGGGAGGUUAUGUCAGUGCUCACUGCAUCAUUAAUUAUUUGGCUGUUAGAGUGAGUAGCUCUUAGUGGGAAAGGUUGCCUCACAGAUCUGCCUUAUUGACCACAUACAUGGGGAAGAAACCCCUAUCCCAUUAUUUUUACUGUUUGGCCAGAGAACAAAUGACAAAAGAAUAGAUUGUGUUUGCAUUUGCUAAGAUGACCAAAACCUCUCUUUCGAGAGAGGUGUUAUGGGCUGGACUGUGUUCCCCAAAUGACCACAGGUUGAAGCCCUAAACCUCACUACCUUCGAAUGUAACUGUAUUUGGAGAUAGGACCUUUAAAAGUUAUGUGAGCUCAUACAGACGGGCCCUAAUCCAACCUGACUGGUUUUCUUACAAGAAGAGGGAGAGACACCAGAAAUUCCUGCCCACAGAGGAAGGGCCAGGUGAGGGCGCAGUGGGAAGAGGCCAUCUGCAAGCCAAGGAGCAAAGCCUCAGGAGAAACCAAGCCUGCCAACAGCUCGGUCUUGGACUCCCAGUCUCCAGAACUCUGACAGCCCAGAGCGUGGGUACGGAUUCUGCUCGCAGCUGCAACUGAAAAGCAAGGUUCAGAAAUGUCAGAUAUCCUCCGGGAGCUGCUCCGGGUCUCUGAGAAAGCUGCCAACAUUGCCCGGGCGUGCAGGCAGCAGGAAGCCCUCUUCCAGCUGCUGAUCGAAGAAAAGAAAGAGGGAGAAAAGAACAAGAAAUUUGCAGUUGAUUUCAAGACGCUGGCUGAUGUACUGGUACAGGAAGUUAUAAAACAGAAUAUGGAGAACAAGUUUCCAGGCUUGGAAAAAAAUAUUUUUGGAGAAGAAUCCAAUGAGUUUACUAAUGAUUUGGGGGAAAAGAUUACCUUGAGACUGUGUUCAACAGAGGAAGAAACAGUAGAGCUUCUUAGCAAAGUCCUUAAUGGUAACAAGUUGGCAUCUGAAGCAUUAGCCAAGGUUGUUCAUCAGGAUGUUGCCUUUACUGACCCAACUCUGGAUUCGAUAGAGAUCCACAUUCCACAGGACAGUUUGGGAAUUUGGGUGGAUCCCAUUGAUUCAACUUACCAGUAUAUAAAAGGUUUUGCUGACGUCAAGUCCAACCAGGGAAUCUUUCCCUGCGGACUUCAGUGUGUCACCGUUUUAGUUGGUGUCUACGACAGACAAACAGGGGUGCCCCUGAUGGGGGUCAUCAACCAGCCCUUUGUGUCACAAGACCUAAACACCCUCAGGUGGAAAGGACAGUGCUACUGGGGCCUUUCCUACAUGGGGACCAACAUCCACUCGCUGCAGCAUGCCACCUCUGCAAGAAGCGGCCACGAGACUCAGCCUGGAAACACCAGCUCUGAAGCAGAAUUCUCCCCCCAUUUCUCAGCAGUCAUUAGUACAAGCGAAAAGGAGACUAUCAAAGCCGCACUGUCACGCGUGUGUGGAGAUAGCAUAUUUGGGGCCGCCGGGGCUGGUUACAAGAGCCUAUGUGUUGUCCAAGGCCUCGUUGACAUUUACAUCUUUUCAGAAGACACCACAUUCAAGUGGGACUCCUGUGCUGCUCACGCCAUACUGCGGGCCAUGGGUGGGGGAAUAGUAGACUUGAAAGAAUGCUUAGAAAGAAAUCCCGAAACAGGGCUUGAGUUGCCACAGUUGGUGUACCACGUGGAAAACAAAGGUGCUACCGGAGUGGAUCGCUGGGCCAACAAGGGAGGACUAAUCGCGUACAGAUCCAGGAAGCGGCUAGAGACAUUCCUGAGUCUCCUCAUCCAAAACCUGGAACCUGCAGAGACACAGACAUAGCUGGACGCGACCUCAGUAUACAUGUAAACUGAACUGUGAAGCUGCUUCCCAUUAUCUCUGUCUUUUGAAGAUAGCUUUGUCCUAUUGCUGGUACCAUUCACCUUCCUCUCUCAGGAGCAUUUUUCCAUUAUGUGUUCAUAAUAAUGUUAACUGCAAUAAAUUAAUAUUCAUGCAGCAGUUAAAUUGAUAUAUGAAAUUCUUACAGUAAAUAUUGUGCCAUUAGUAUUCCUUGAACCACUUCAGUAAAAUAUUGAAGAGG